AUCAGUCCAGCUGCACGGAGGAAAGAAGCAGCAGAAGAAACCUGAGGAGGAAACGCUUUCAGAUAUUUGGAUGGGAUUCAAACCAUAAAGGAUAUUUUCAAAAAUGCAGAAAUAAGGAAAAAAAUCUUUGCAUGGCAGUGCUUCUGAACAGUGAUUUCAUUUCAUCUGUCUCAACAGAGCAAAAAGUGACUCUAUACUUAACAGAUUUUUAAACUUUUUUAAUUUUAAAAUAUUUUCCAAAGUCAUGGACUUCACUCUGACGGCUGUUGUUUACAUCCUGAUCAUCACACCAUGCACGGUUGACUCAACUCAUCCUGAGUGUUCCAUCGUUUUACAUCUACUAAACAAAGAAAAUGAGUGUAAACUCAAAAUGCAGACUGCAGCUGCUGCAUCACUUCAUUCAAGCAGUAAUAAAACUGCAGGUUGUGAGAUGCAGUGGGAUGGAGUGAGCUGUUGGCCGACUGCCUCUGAAGGAGAAACCGUCUCCGUCCACUGUCCUCUGCUGCUGCCGCUGAAGCCUAGAACUCCUCCAGCUCUCAUCAGCAGGAACUGUACAGCUGCAGGAUGGAGCAAACCGAGUCUGCCGUACUACAAAGCCUGUUACCAUGAAGCUUAUGAGCAAGAUGAAGACGUGGGGAAAGAGAAAAAUUACUUUGAUACUCUGCGGCUGAUCUACAGUUUCGGAUACGGAGUGUCUCUGGCUGCUCUGCUCGUUGCCGUUCUGGUUUUCUGCUGUUUCAGGAAGCUGCUCUGCACACGCAACUACAUCCAUCUAAACCUGUUUGUGAGCUUCAUACUUAGGAGUCUUGCUGUGCUCAUCAAAGAUGCAGUGCUGUUUGCAGACAAAAGCAUGGACCACUGCACAGCGUCCACAUUCCAGUGCAAAGCCGCAGUGACCUUCUUCCAUUUCUGCGUUCUGUCGAACUUCUCGUGGCUUCUGGUUGAAGGUUUGUACCUGCAGACGCUGCUGCUGCUCACCUUCACCCAGACCAGGAGGCUGCUGUGGAUCUACGGCGUCCUCGGCUGGGGUUCUCCAUGGGUGACCAGUGUGAUCUGGGUCCUCCUGAAGACACAGCUGGAAGAUGAAGGCUGCUGGGACAACCUGGAGAGCCGCUUGUGGUGGAUAAUCAAGAUUCCCAUUCUGCUGUCCAUCUUUAUAAACCUCCUGAUCUUCCUGAACAUCAGCAGGAUCAUUGUUCAGAAGAUGAAGGCAAGAAAUACAAACCAAAGUGAGACACGAGUGUACAGGACUCUGGUUCGCUCCACUCUGCUCCUCAUCCCCCUCUUCGGUCUCCACUAUGUGCUGUUCGCUCUGAUCCCAGAAAAUGUUGGCGUGAGGCCUCGGCUCUACCUGGAGUUAGUUUUAGGCUCAUUCCAGGGUUUUAUCGUUGCCGUGUUGUACUGCUUUCUGAACGGAGAGGUCCAGAAAGAAAUACAGAGAGGGAUGAGAAGAUGCUGUCCAGAGACUAAAACCAGCGCCAUCAAUCCGCCAACCCAAGAGGAUGUUCCCUGAUGUCAAAAUAAAGGACAUAAACCCAGCUUUCACACUGGUAAAUUUCAGUCUCUAGUGAUUUAACUGUAAUGCCUGCACAAGUUUUUCAUACUGGUUGUGUUUCAAGUUUUUCCUGCACCAUCAUGGUUCAGUAUUUUAAAAAUAUCCUCUUUUAACUCAGUUGUAAAGCUUCAUCUAAUAACUUUUCAGACAACAGAGCUGCUUCUAAACACCUGAAAGUCACUUAAACUCAUCUAAUGCCACAAAUGCACUGUGACAUACAGAUGUUUAUUUACCAGCAGAUGCUAUUAAAUACAACAGAUUAUACAAAAAGAGAUCAAUAUUUGACGUUUACUGUAUUAUAAUUAUACUUCAUCACUAACUGCACAUUGGUAUCUGCACAGAAAGAUUGUUUUGUCUGUAAAUGCAUCCAGUAUUUUUACAAUUAAGUACAGUGUGUUAAUUUAAGUGAAUGUCUGAUGUUAUGUUG